AUGGACAUGGCACGCUACGUCGCGUUCCACCAGCAGUGGAUCGCGGGCCAGCAGGCGGGCCUCCGCGAGCUCGCGGAGGCGGCAGCCAAUGCCGCCGCCGGGCGCGCCACGGACGCAGAGCUGAGGGCCGUGGUUGAAAGGUGCAUGCGCGGGUACCAGGAGUACGCCGCCAGCCGGCGUGCCUUGGCGCGCGAGAACGGCGCGGCCUUCGUCACCCCGCCCUGGUGCACGGCGUUUGAGAACUCCGUGCUCUGGCUCGGGGGCUGCCGCCCGUCUCUGGCCAUCCGGCUUCUCUACUCAAUCUCCGGCGAGGGCUUGGAGGAGGACAUCGAGGAGUUCGUCAGAGGCCGCGGGCGCGGCCUCGCGGAGGGUAUGGGCCUCGUCGGGAUCACGGCCACGCAGCUGCAGCAGAUCAACGACCUCCACCGCUGCACGCUGCGCGACGAGGGUUACCUGACGGAGCGUCUGGCGAGUCUGCAGGAGAACAUCGCCGACCGGCCGCUGCUUCCGAUCGUUCGGGAGCGCGCCGCGGCGGCGGCAGCAGCAUUAGCCGGCCAGGACCGGAGCGCUAAGCGCGACGACAUUCCCGGACGGCCCGUGGCAGCAGAAUCGUCAGGAGGAUUCGCCGCCGAGGUGGACGCGGCGAUGGAGAGCUACUCGGCCGGGCUGGCCAGGCUCCUGGAGGAGGCGGACGAGCUGCGCAUGUCGACGGCCAGGGCGCUGGCCACGGAGAUCCUGAAGCCGCGGCAGGCGGUGGAGAUGCUGAUGGCAGCCAAGCAGCUGCACCUGGCGGUGCGCGACUGGAGCCGCCGGAAGGAGGAGGGCGCCCAGAACGCGCGUCUGCCGCUCGCAGCCGCAGCGACGACCGCCCCCUCGGGCUCAAAACCAUGA